AUGGUCCGAGCCAAGAUCACCAUCCGCUCCCUCCAGGCAAGACGACAAGAGGAGAGGACAGCAGAGCACAGCAGAGCAGAGCAGAGCAGAGCAGAGCAGAGCACGAGUGGGGAGUGGUGGGGAGAUCGGGAGGGAGUUGGAUGCGAGGAUAUGAAGGUGGAGCUGAUUGAAGAGCAGGAGGAACUGAACGCUCUGCGAGGAAGCGACGCGCAAGAGAGAGCUGCUGAGCGAAUGGCGUUGGACAUGCACGUCGCAGAGCUGAGCGACGAGGUCAAGAUUCUGCUGGACAAGGUCCAUGAGCUGGAGAGCACGCGGUCGGUUGUCAACACCACAGAUCGGAACGGAGGAAGGCCGACGCUGGUCAAAAAAGAAGCUCAUUGA